UCUUAUCGUGUCGUUUUGCGCUUCCCCCCAAUUUUAGGCCACUCCCUUAUUCCUCACCACAACACCAAAAAAAAUACCACACCCCUUCUUCUUUCUUCGUUGACUUCUGGGCAAAGAAACCCUAAGCACAAGAGGAAAAGAAGGAGGGAAAUCAAAUAACAAUCCUCAUAAUAAUCAUAAUCAUUCCAUACAAAAUUCAACAAUUUUCCAUCCACAAUCACAAUCACAAUCUCUCUGUUUCUUGAUUUGAUUGAUUCAGCAACCGAUGGGGAAACCGGCAGGAAAAAAGAAGGAUCAUGAAAUCACCGCCACCGCGAAGGGCAACAACAACAACAACAACACUAGCAAGAAAGGUUGGGAACGCGCUGCCACCGCCGUGGCGUCGUCAAAAGCCGCGGCUCUCGACGACGACACGGCGAUGUUCAUAAACAUGUCGCAGGAGCUGCGGGAAGAAGGGAACCGUCUCUUCCACAAGAAGGAUCACGAAGGCGCGAUGCUCAAAUACGAGAAGGCAUUGAAGCUUCUCCCCAAGAGCCACAUCGAUGUGGCUCACCUCCACACCGCCAUGGCCAUGUGCUACAUGCAGCUAGGGCUCGGGGAGUAUCCUCGUGCUAUUAACGAGUGCAAUCUUGCGCUUCAGGUCUCGCCUCGUUACAGCAAGGCCCUCCUGAAGAGAGCACGUUGUUACGAGGCGCUGAACCGAUUGGAUUUGGCUAUGAGGGAUGUGCGCGUUGUGCUCAACUCCGAGCCGAAUAAUCUCACCGCGUUAGAGAUUCUCGAUAGCUUGAGGGUUACCAUGGAUGAGAAGGGGAUCACCUUGGAUGAGACUGAGAUUGCCCUGGCUGCUUUGCAGCAGCAGCCGGAGCCUCCCGGGGCGCGGUUGAGGAAAGUGGUGAAGGAAAAGUUGCAGAAGAAGAAGAAAUCAUCACCUAGAGGGCAAGAAGAUGAGAAAACAAAGGUGGUUGUUGAGAAUGUUAAGGUUCAUAAGGAUAAGGAUCACAACAAGGAUAAGAAUGUAAAGGUUGAGGAUAAGGAUGAUAAGGAGUUUGUUAAGAAAGAUAAAGGGGUUACCAGGACUGUGAAGUUGAUAUAUGGAGAGGAUAUAAGAUGGGCGCAGUUGCCUGUGAAUUGUAGCAUGAAGCUGGUGAGGGAUGUGAUAAAGGAUCGGUUUCCGCGGUUGAAGGGUGUUCUUGUGAAGUAUAGGGAUAGGGAAGGUGAUUUGGUUACUAUUACUACUACUGCCGAGUUGAGGUUAGCAGAGAGCUGUCAUGUGCUUGGGUCAAUUAGGCUUUAUGUUACGCAGGUGGAUCCGGAUCAGGAACCGUGUUAUGAUGAGACAACAACAAGUAGUAAUAAUGGUGACGUGGAAAUGGAGAAGGGGGGUGUGAAAGGAAGCAGGAGUGUGGCUGAGAAGAAGACUACUGUGGAGGAUUGGCUUGUCCAGUUUGCUAGGCUGUUUAAGAAUCAUGUUGGGUUUGAUUCUGAAUCGUAUCUGGAUAUUCAUGAGGUUGGAAUGAAGCUGUAUUCGAAAGCAAUAGAGGAGGCGGUGACGACCGAUGAUGCUCAGGAGCUGUUUGAAAUUGCUGCAAGUAAAUUUCAAGAGAUGGCUGCUCUGGCCAUGUUUAAUUGGGGGAAUGUUCACCUGUCCAGGGCAAGGAGGCGGGUUUCCUUUCCGGAAGAUGGGUCAAGAGAGGCUUCUUUUGAGCAUGUUAAAGCUGCGUAUGAGUGGGCUCAGAAGGAGUACAAGGAAGCAGAAUUGAAGUAUGAAGAAGCUAUGAGAAUCAAACCAGACUUUUAUGAAGGACUUCUUGCUCUUGGGUAUCAGCAGUUUGAGCAAGCAAAGCUCUGCUGGUGUUAUUUAAUAGCAAGCAAGAAGGAUUUGGAAGCUGGCCCUUUCGAGGAGGUUCUGCAGCUAUAUAACAAGGCAGAGGACAGCAUGGAGAAAGGCAUGUUGAUGUGGGAGGAGAUCGAGGAGCAGCGGUUGAAUGGACUAUCCAAAUCAGAUAAAUAUAAUGCAACGUUAGAAAAAAUGGGUUUGCAGGGUCUUUUCAAGGAUGUUUCUUCUGAUGAAGCUGAGGAAGAGGCUUCAAGGAUGAGGUUGCAGAUAUAUCUUUUAUGGGGCACCUUAUUGUACGAACGAUCUGUUGUGGAAUAUAAACUAGGACUACCAACAUGGGAGGAGUGUUUGGAGGUUGCAGUUGAAAAGUUUGAACUAGCUGGAGCUUCUUCAACUGACAUUGGUGUCAUGAUAAAGAACCAUUGUUCUAAUGAAACAGCAAUGGAAGGGUUCAAAAUCGAUGAGAUAGUGCAAGCAUGGAAUGAGAUGUAUGAUGGGUGGCAGUUUGAUGUUCCAUCAUUUAGACUUGAACCUUUGUUUCGCCGGCGUGUUCCAAAACUCCAUUACAUCCUGGAGCAGUUUUAAGUUAUCUUCUUGUGUUGGUUAUUCUUUAUAGAAGCAAAAUCAGUGCUUCUAUUUCUUUUCAUAAUAUUUUUGAAGGCUUCUUCAUUCCUUCCACAGACAGGUAUUUUUUCCUCCAUACUUGUGAACUCCUUGGUGGGUGCAACCAUUGGAUUAUGUUUGUUCGAUAUCAGUUUUGUAUGAAGUUGGGAUAUCAGGCUAGAAAGCCUGGUUAUAUUUGUUUGUUUCCUGUUAGAAGGCUUCGGGUGUCAUUUUUUGCAGUAGUAACAUCAGUAUAUGAUUCCAUUUGUUGGUUUGGGGUAGUGAAUGUUUGAUUUGUUCAUUUUGCUAAAACGGUAAAAAAGAAAGUUUUCAAUUUUGUUGGUUAGUUGGGGUUUGAUGAUUGUUGAAGUUGUCAAAUGAUCAUUUGUAACGUUCUGCCGGUGUUGUAUAGCAUACUGCAUUUUUCAUCACAUAUGGCAAUUCAUAUCA